UUGCGAUGUGAUAAAAAAUAUUCAGAUAUACCUAAUGUCUUAAUAAAUAUUGAUGCUUCCAGAUUAGGAAAUUUCCAAGAAGAUAUGUUAAAUAGCAUGAAUUCGACGAAAGCAGGUUCUAGUUUGAACGAGUAUGUGAUGAGCUUAUUCGAUGCAUCAUUAUCGUGGGACGAUGUUAAAUGGCUACAAAGUAUUACGAGCAUGCCAAUUGUUUUGAAGGGCAUCUUGACUCCGCAAGAUGCACUUCUAGCUAUUGAACAUGGAGUGCAAGCGAUUGUCGUUUCGAACCAUGGCGCUAGACAAGUUGACAGUAUUCCCGCAUCAAUCGAAGUUUUGCCAGAAAUCGUCAAGGCUGUAAAUGGGAGAAUGGAAAUUUAUAUGGAUGGCGGUGUGAGGCAAGGAAUCGAUAUCUUUAAGGCCCUUGCUUUAGGUGCCAAAAUGGUAUUCGUCGGUAGACCAAUGUUAUGGGGUCUGAGUCAUUCAGGCGAGGAGGGUGCGCGUAACGUUCUCGAGCUUUUUAGGAAGGAAAUCGAUUUGGUUUUUGCGUUGACAGGCUGUAGAUCGGUCAAGGAUGUAACUCGGGAAAUGGUGAAGCACGAGUCAUAUUACAGCCACUUAUAAUUCGAAACAAUAUGAUAUUCUUAAAUAUUUAUGAUAAGCUUACCUCGUGGGCAAUAAUUCUUAUGAUGGAAAAAUAAAAAGUGAGGGUGAACACAGAAUAUUGUAUAAUGGAAAAGGUUGAUCAACUGGGGAUAGUUGAUAUUUCGUAUAGCUGGUAAAACGAAAACAAAGAUUCACGAAGUGUACUUCACAAUAUUGGCGUUUUUAUUGAAUAUCUUUUGUAUAUUCUUCUUUGUAUACAUAUAUGCGUGUGCGCGGGGCACACAUAUCACAAUUUGCAGGCGUACGUACGCGCACACGCAUCCAAAGUGAUCCGCGUUACUCGCAAAACGGAACAGAUUGACUAUGACACGCAAUCGGAACAUGCAGCAGAGUAAUCGGCCCUCUGUGUACAGUUAAUACGCAAAAAAUACACCGUUGGCUCUCUGAUCCAUUUCUCUCUUGGCAAAAAAAUAAAUCCAUCUCUCUUUCUCUCACUCA